AAAGUCUGUCUGUAACUGUGUGUGUGUUGUAAAGUAAAGCGGAAUUUUAGUUUGUUUUUACUAAAUAAUAGCGCCUUAUUAGCUAUAAUGAGUUUACAUAAAGCAAGGAUUAAACUUUUUGAAGAGAUGUUGGAUAACGAUGUGAUUGACAUCAGCUCUCUAAGAAAGUUAGCUUUCAAUGGUAUACCAGAUGAUAAAGGCUUACGGUCCCUUGUGUGGAAGAUAUUAUUGCACUAUGUACCGCAAGAAAAAAAUAUCAGAGAGACAACUCUGGUUAAUAAACGACAGCUAUAUAAGCAAUACAUAAAUGAGAUCAUAGUAUCACCAGGAGGGCCCAGUGAUCAUCCCUUAAACAUCAGUCCGGACAGCUCCUGGAGCACCUACUUCAAAGACAAUGAAGUCUUACUACAAAUUGAUAAGGAUGUUCGGCGCUUGUGUCCAGAUAUAUCAUUCUUUCAGUCGGCUACUGAAUUUCCGUGUCCAGAGAUUGUAAACAGCAAUGGAGUGAAAAGACUGCACAAAAGAGUAGAACAAUCCAUGCUGAGGUACUCUACUCUUGAAAGAAGAGGCCUGGGAGUGGCUAAGCUGAGUAACGAGAUCCGGCGAUCAGACAGCCAGCCUUCCGGAGACUACGAGCCGCUGAACGAGGGCUGCGAGGCGCACUGGGAGGUCGUGGAGCGCAUGCUGUUCCUCUACGCCAAGCUUAACCCCGGCCAGGGCUAUGUGCAGGGCAUGAACGAGAUCAUAGGGCCCAUUUACCACACGUUCGCGACUGACCCCAAUUCUGAAUACCGACAACAUGCUGAAGCAGACUGUUUCUUUUGCUUUACCAACUUAAUGUCCGAAAUUCGUGACUUUUUCAUUCGCACCCUCGAUGAGACUGAAAGUGGCAUUAACUACAUGAUGAACCGGCUCUGUGACUGUGUGAAAAAGAAUGGGCCGCAAGUUUGGCAUCGAAUGGAAGUGCAGGAGCUUAAACCCCAAUACUAUAGCUUCCGGUGGAUAACCUUACUGCUGUCUCAAGAGUUUUCUCUGCCAGACGUAGAAAGACUGUGGGAUUCCUUAUUCGCAGACCCGAUGAGAUUUGAUUUUCUUAUAUACAUUUGCUGUGCCAUGAUUUUACUCGUGGAAGACAGUUUGCUCAAGGGUGAUUUCGCGUCAAACGUCAAACUACUCCAGAACUUCCCGCCCAUGGACGUCUCUCUUAUACUGAACAGGGCUGUUGAGAUAUCGCACAGAUAAUACGCAACUGUUAAUCUGUAUUUGAUACCUAUUUUACAACAUUUUACAUUGACAAUUUAAUACGUAAGUUUGGAGAAUUUAUUUUAAAAUUUUGCGUUUAUUUAAACUUAAGAAGAUAUUAUAGCUAUAUUUACAUAACUAUCGAUUAGAAGCACGAAAGGGGCCUACCAAGUGAUAUUAACGGCCGGGACAAUUUUAGUUGUUAAUCGAAAUAUUUAAUAUGAGAAAUACGUGUACUCCGAACCAAGAACCUUUACAAGAAGGAAUAUGUUUCGUAAAUGAAAGAAGUUACCAUUGCAUUGUUUUGAGCCAUAGUCAUUAAAACACUAAAUAAACACACAUAUAGUGAGACAUAAAAUAGUAGAAAUUAAAUAAAAUGGAACUAAAAAAAUUCCAUACUAUAGUUUGUCAAAGGACUGUCUCAUUUCAAUCAUAGACAGAGAGAAUCAUACUAUAUUUGUCUUACACUAGUACUAGCACCCAAAAGAAAAGGAUGAGUAUAGUUUUCCUGGUUCUUACUGACUGACAAAUUGGUUUGACCAACUAUAAAUUGCUGCCAUGUUUAAGCAUUUUACGCAUGAAUCUAGUAUAUAACUGGAUCAGGCAUGAGGGGUGGGGGUAAAUGACCGAACGGGAUAGUCUUAUGUAUCUUUCAGUAGGAGUAGCAGCGAAAGCGCUAUUAUUGUUUGUCCUUGUCACAUUUUUUUUUUAUUCGCCACCGUAAACUUAGUAAGUAUGUAUUGUGGUGGGUAACAAAUAAAUUCAACCAAUCAUAGUGUCGCAUUGCGUAUGUUUUGCCCUCACGGAGGCACGCGUCUAGCACUUAUAGGAUCCUACCUUCUAUGAUUUUCCGUCAAAAAUGUGACAGUUACGUAGGAAGUGGCGCCCUCAUCUACAAUUUCAUCAAGGAUCAUCAGGAUCAACCCACACAUUCAGUAAAAGAUAAGCUACUGUUUCGGACCAGUACUAGGUUUUUUAAUAGUGUUUUUUUUUGUGACGUGCAUGUCUGGUCGCCCUACAAUUUAGAACACUUCCGUCAAAUACAGAUGUAGUGAAAAAUCCUUUGCCAUCGUAUUUUCUCGGAAAUGUACCUACGUGUUUGUCAUGCUACUUCAGUCAACGUACUUAUUGUAAUGAGACUGACUGAAAUAGCAUAACACAUUCGUGCGUUUCCGUGGAAAUACGACGGUAAAGGAUUAUUUACUACGUCUGUACCGAUAUAAUUAUCUGUUUUAUGUGUCAAAUUCAGCGAAUGAAAAGUCAAAUUAAAUGUCAUCUCAUCAGUCUAGUUAUACUUUUGAAACUUCGCAUCUCACUCAAGUGUGACACUUUACUUUCUUCAUAAUCAAAGAGCUGAUAUUGCCUUAGGUUAGGUAACACUUUAACUUUAUUAAUUAAGCGUUGUAACCGCAGCUGUAAAUAACUAAACCUUUACUAAACCAAAAGUAAAAAAUUCACUUAGAUACGAUAGUGAACGAUCCAUUAACAUUUACUGAGUGUGUGGGGUUGGUCCUGCUGACGUCACAUGAUUGUCAUGAAUCCCCCUAGCCAUAUGACGUAUAAUAUCUAAGGACGGGCUUUACGGGCACUAAAAAUGGUACUAGUUCAGCGGAGUUACUCACGAAUUCCAGCCAAUCGUGCAGUCUAACGCAACUAGUUGCGACCUAAGGCACGCGUAAUGCGAACUCAUCAACCAAUCGCGCGCGAGAUGCGAACUCAUCAACCAAUCGCGUUGUACCGGUGUCACACCGCUGUACUGCCCCCUGUCAUGCCUCAUUAUUAUUGCCCAUAAAGCCCGUCCCUAGAUAUCUAUGUCAAUGCCCCUAGCUUAGCUUCAUAUGUAAAAGGAUCAAUUCAUAACUGUCAAAUUUGUUAUCUUAGAAAAUGUCUACUAUAGCAACAUAUCACCUUCAUAUCAGAAAGACAAUAAAAAAAAUUGAAAGUAGUCAGGGCAAAUAAUGCGGACAGAUCUCGUAUAAAUCUCAAGCGUUAAUUUUAUGGGUGACAUAAAGAGCCGCAAUUGUACUUUCAAAGAGCGGCAUGCGGCUCUCGUGCCGCGGUUUGCCUAAGUUUACCUAAGGCAGGGGCCUUAGGUAACACUUUAGCUUUAUCUUUAGCUAUCUCAGAGUCUACAAGGUUUACCAUAAAAAAGGCUUUAAUGAGACCAAGGGAUAAAGUGGCCGUAAUAGUAAAAAUAUGUCUAAAUAAAGUCGGCGUACUGGCAACACAGUCUAAUAUUUAAUUAAGCAAAGCCCUGCCAAGUGGGACGCCAUAACCAAGCGUACGUAAAUAGACGCAUCACUUCAUCUCCAUGAUAAUAAUAAACUGUAAUAAACCAAUAAGUUAUAUUGUUUCUAAAUAAUAAUUAUCAAACCCGUAGGAAGAAGGUGGAUUGUAAAAAGUGAUUACUUUUAUUUAUUUUGCGCAUUUACUAGAAGUGAAUUUAAUUAUAUUAUUCUUAUUUUUAAUUGGUAUAUAAAUAUAAAAUCAUUCUACUCACGUACAUUUCCAAAACAAGUAGGUAAUAAUGACUAAUAAAUGUUAGUUAAAUGUAUAAAACCAAUAAUUUCCUAAACCCAUUUUUAUUAACACACUUAUAUUAACUUCAUUUAUAACUAACAAUGUAAUAAAAACCUACAAGUAUAAGAUGGAGAGUAGAACCCUCGGGUAUGGGCUCAUGCGAUUCGUUUUGAUGAGCAGAGGGCCUACCGCGAAGCCCAAAGUUUUGCCUCUCUAUAGCACUUGUAAAUUCAUACGUAAGUGUGACAGGGAGGCAAAACUUCGUUCGUGUUUCGCGGGAGGCCUCCAGAGCCUAAAAGUACAGUCGGUAAUAAAUAAGGGGAUGUUUUUUUUGCAGAAACUUAUUGUGUAUGUACCUUUUAGUUACGGUUAUCAUUUUACUUAGAUAUUGUAACGAAAUAGCACAGGUAAAGUCUUGUAUGGUGUAUAGAAAGAUAUACAAGAUGAUUGUGACUGCCUUACUACACUGAGUGACACAGCACAAUUAACGGUCCCAAGUUUUCAUACAAAGUAAUUGAUUAUUAAUUGUAUUACACUGCCGCAAAGCUUCCAUUACCUACAAUACAUCUUCCAUACUAAACCAGGCGUGGCUCACUCCGCGAUUUGGUCGCUUUGCUACAGGUAGCUAAAAGUACAUCUGUUCCACACCAAUUUUGGGGAAAGCCAUAAGCCGCGCGUGGCGCUGUCGCCACCUAGCGGCCAUAUCUGUGCUGAUCGUAACAAACGCGUUUUGUUAGUUGAAUGAAUUAUAGAUUUUGGUAGGAAAACUAGACAACAAUUAAUUACAUAUGCCCGAUUUAUUCGAUGUGUUUAGAUGUACAACUUAUUCUAUAUUUCUUAGAUAACCAUUUAUUAACCUUUUGAACGCCAAACGGCGCAUCCAUUUGCCGUGCCACUGACGCCACGGGGGUAAAAUUUAGUUUUGUGAAUAAAUAAUGUCAACCUAAAAGUGGGGUGUUUUUCAGUAGAUUUUCAUCAAAAAACUAUCGACGUCAAAUGCCGUCUUUGGCGUCGUUGUCACGAUUUUGCGUUGACGUCAAUUGCCGUCUGUGGCGUUCAAAAGGUUAAGUAUGUAGAUAAAACGUAUAUUUUUUACAUCUUGAUAGAACACAAUUAACUUACAUUUGUGAUGUUAAGUAAUUAAGACAAACCUUUCUUUAACCUACCUUUUGUAUCAACUUUCCAUGUGCUACAGGUGCUUAGGUACCUACUGAAAUAUUCUUCAUAAAAGUAUCUUUUGUACUUCAGAUUUAUUAUUUUAGAUAAUUUUUGCAAGAUUUUAUUCAACCUUUUUAGUAUUUUUGUGUCAAAUGUUCGCAUACUUACUUUUGAAAGACCGGUGACUGCAAUAAUAUAUAGUAAUGGAGACUGAAGGUAGGGUAUCGUCUUGACUCGUCUCAUUCGUUUUUCGUCAAGUUCUUAAAUUAGUCCUAUUCUGCUUUCGUCACUCAUUCUACAUUGAAAGCCACCGACGAUUGUGACGAAAGCAGAAUAGGACUAAUUUAAGAACUUGACGAAAAACGAAUGGGACGACCCAAGACGAUACCGAAGGUGGUCAUAGGAACUAAGGUAACGAAACAACGCAACAUAAUUGAGUUUGAGAUUGUUAGAAUCAUCUCUAUGAAUAUUACCUAGCUAUCCUCGUUUUUUUAGCAUUAGAAAAUAGUAAACAAAAUUGUGGUCCCUUAAUUAAAAAACGCUUAUAAAAAAUCAGUACCUACCUAACUAUUACUUAUGAAAGCAAAGAAUGUAAAUGAUCGUAUAUGAUUUAUAAUUGUUACAUAUUUGCCGUGCCUUUUUUUAAGUGUUUCAAAAAUAAAAAGACACGUCAAGAUCGCUUAUACCUUCUUUCUAAUGCUAAAAAACCGAAAUAUGGUAGAUGACUGUAUAUUGACUUGUAUUUAUAUGUUGUGUUUCCCUGCGUAGGCAACUAAAACAUCAGCUUUCUUGCUCCAUGGUUAACUCUAAGUUUGUGAUUUAAAACAUAAUUUUUCUUUCUGAUAUUUUAUGUUAGCUCUUUGAUUACAAUACCUACUAAUUCAGUGUACCUAAGCAAGAUCCUAUGCACUAUAUGUUUCACACAUAAUACUUAAAACUUUAUAAGUUAUUUUAAUUUAAGUAGGUACCUACAGUCAAGUGUAAAAAUAUGGGUGUGGACAACUUACUCAAAAAUAUGUCCCAUUGUACUUAAUUCACUGGCAUAAAAGAGUUAUGGGACAUAUUUUUGAGAUGAUUUGUAAGUACACCCAUAUUUUUACAGUUGACUGUACCUACUUUAAAAUA